AUGGAAGAAAUGGACUACAACGUGGAGGAGGGGGAUUCUUCAAUAUGCCCCAAUCUGGAGUCCACAAAUGAAGACGAUAAAAUCGGAGGAGACAAAAAUAACGACAGUAAGGGUGACCCCCCCCUGGAGGAAGGAACAGCUGGUGAUGUAAAUCCUCAUCCGCGCGCAAAAUAUAACCAUGCCAAUAAAAGGUGGGCCCAUAGGAAAUGGAAACCCCACGGUAAUGCGCCUCAGGGUGAUGCCCCUCACAAAGUUGAUCCUCCAAUAGAGAAGAAACAGAAGGAACAAAACACCUGCGUUGUGUGCCUCCAAAAUGGAGGAGUGAAGUACAGAUUUGUGUGUUGCUGCAAAGGCUACUGCUCUGUUGCCUGCUUUCAGAGGCACGACAAAAAGGCCUGCUUGGAGGAGCAAAGCAAAAAUGCUAGCAGAUUAAAUGCGCAAAACAACAUAGAAUGCCCAAACGGUGAAUGUAGAAAGAGCCAAGUGGAAGAACGAAGUGAUAACCCUACGGAGGAUGAAGAAGAGUCCGAAGAGGACCUACUAACAGAAGAGCAAAAGGCAAAGCUAAAGGAAGACAUCACCUUGAGGAUGCUACUAAAAAAUAAUUAUGUUCGUUCCGUUUUUAAGCAUUUUACUACAUCCAAGGAUAAAAUUGCUUACCUGUCCAAUUAUAUUAACGACCCCACGAUUGUGCAGGUCGUAGACCAAAUUAUGAAAUCGGUGGAGGGUUGA